AUGAGCUCUGAAGAAAGCGAUUCAGAAUAUCAAGAGUUUGUUACAAAUUUUUAUCAUUUAGUUUAAGAAAUAAAAGAAUGUAAUGAUAUUGAAUAAAAGUUUAGAUUGUACUACAAAAUAAAAAGAAAAUAGAACUGCUAGAUUUCUAAAAUAAGCAAAAGCGCGAAGAAGUAUAAAUUACCUAAUAUAAAAUAUAGAAGCGAAUCAAAUCACUUUUAGAAUGCCAGAGUAUCCAGAUUAAAAUGUUUCAGAAAUCAUCUCUUAUAAUAAAAAUUAAGCAGAGAAAUUAGUUAAACCUAUGAGACAUCAAACAAAAAAUUUAGAAAAUUCCUAAGUAGAACCCUACAUUUUUAAUGUUCAUUAAAUACUAAGGUAGAUGUAAUUUUAAUAAAUAAGGGAUCUUAAAUUGAAAUAGCAAUUACUCAGAAAUGCUUAGAAAUAAGUAUAUUUGAAUUUGAUUGAAUAUAACAAUAAGAAGUAAAAGAAAUUUUAUCCUAGAAAUUGUUGUUUACAUAUGUAAAUAAUAUAUAAAACUUAAUACUUUUAGAUAUGUAGCAGAGAAAAUAUAUUAGGAUAAAAUGAAAGAGGCAGCAACAUGUAAGAAAUUCAAUGAAGCACCUAAGAUUGUUAUUCCAUUAUUCAAGAAUACAGCAUAGACUAGAAAAGGAAGUAUGGAAUGA